AUUUCAAUUCUACAGAAAUUCAUGUUGGGAGGACUGCUACAAUAGCAGAGCUUAAACAAGCAGUAGAAGAGGUUUUUGGUUUGUUGGAAGGCAAGAUUCCAUGGUCACUAGUUUGGGGGCAUUUCUGCUUGUGCUAUGUAGGUCAGAAGCUAACCAAUGAGAAGGCGUACAUUCGGAACUUUGGAAUCAAGGAUGGAGAUCAACUUCAGUUCAUUAGGCAUAUGUCCAUCAGCAACUCACCAUUAAAAAGACGGUCCAAGAGUGAGAGUGUUCCUUACAAACAGCACUCAAUGUUGACAUAUGGAUCAAAUGGACACAAGGAUGAAGAAAAGAGUGGUUUGGAGGGUUCUGACAACAAUGCAGUUCAUGAGGACAACUCCAACUCCAAUGAAGAUCUGGAGGAAGGCCCUGUGCCUGAAUUCAAGGUG